AUGAUAAUUCACAAUAGAGCAAGGCUAAUGCCGUUGCUCAUUAUCGCAACUAUUAUCAAUACGGUGUGCGCCAGAAACGCCAAUGAAUUCUACACAUUCAAGGAUGCAACGGCGACGUCGAUAUAUGUCACACAAACUGAUGACGCUCAAAAGUUUGGACCAGCUAGAGCGUUCCAAAUAGGAGCUUCAUACUGGUGCAGUGCAGGCAGUCACACCUCAACUGACUUCGUGUCAUGGACCGGAGAGCUUUGGGACACAGCCAAAAUUGCACAAGUCGAUGUUAUAUGGGAAUAUGCACCGAGUGAAGUUGAAAUAUCCACAUCAAUGGCAAAAGAUAGCUUCACUGUGGUCAUGCCAUUUAGAAAGACAUUUGACAGCAAACCAUCUUACAAAGAAGUUUUCAAAUUAGAUGCACCAGUCGAGGCCAAAUUCAUAAGACUAACGCUAAGAGGACCCGUAAAUGAGUACUUCGGCAUUAGAGAAGUACACGUCGUCGGCGCAGGGGACCCACUGUUUGUCAUCAAGGCAGGCAUUUCCAGCCCAUCCGGAGAAAUGUGCCUACAAUUGGAGGAGGGACGUACAGACAACAAUACUCGCGUAAUCCUUGAUUUAUGUACCCAUGCAAUCGCAGCUGCAGAUGGAAGGGACCUUUGGAGGCAUGAUUCAAGGCAACGACUUGUAAGCGCAGUCACUAACCCACCGAAGUGCCUUACGUCGGUCAGCCCAAAUAAAAUUGGGGCUCUAGUUAUCGCAGAUUGCAAGGAUGAAGGUGAUGACCAAUGCCGUUGGGAAUUUAUGGGAAAUGGUCAAGUGGCACUUAAAAACGCCAGCAACCUUUGCAUUACACAAGCAGAUUUAUAUUCAGAUAAAGCCGGGAUGGGUAACCUGCUGCAAAUUAUGAAAAGUAAAGUUAAACUUAACGCAUCAAGUACAGCAGAGAAACAUGAUGUAAAUCUGAUAAUGGAUGGCAACAUUAAGACAUAUUGGGCAUCAGACCUCUUUCUGGACUCCAAUCUACACGUUGUGAACAUAACUAUCAACUUUGGAGAACUGACACGCGCUGCCAAAAUUAAAAUAGAUUGGGAGUAUCAACCUGUCACCUACACCAUAGAAGGGAGCACAGAUAAUAUCGUAUUCAAGGAACUAGCAAGAAACAUGUCAAACGCAAACCAUGUCACCAUAGACACAUUGGAUGAAAAGGAUUUCAAACAACUGAGAAUAGUUAUGAUGAGACCACAUCAUUCAAUGGGCAAGGUGGAAGGAGGUUAUGUAUACGGUAUCAGGGAGUUAGAGGUACUUACCAGCAACUUAGAAACUGUGGUUGGAGACUGCAGAGCUGCUGCUAACACAGAAGAUGCCAGGGAUAAAUAUUUCGUCUCAUACGUUUCGGCAUUCGAACCCGCUCUGGCAAAUGAUAUCAAAAAUAUGGAAAACGAGAUACAUGGGAUCACUGGAGAAGUUAUGAAUGACAUGGCAGCACUCAACGAUACCCUUGAAGAAACAGAUAGUUGCAUGGAGGAUAAAAAGGAGUACAACAAAACAUUAGAACAAAUACAUACCAAAGAAACCGCAAUGUGGAAACAGAUACAACUCUCCUCAUUGUGUGAUAAAUCGCAAAAUACUGAAAGUAUAUAUUCCACCAUAGGAGAAACCAUGAAGAACCCUGCAGAAGACUGCUACAUUAUCAAACAGUUGUCGAAAAAAGCGACUUCAGGGUUCUACUGGAUACAGCCACAGUGUUCCAAACACCCCUUGAGAGUAUAUUGCGAUAUGAGCUCACAGACAUCAAUGUUCAUAUGGGAUGGAAAAAACGGUGUAUCGGCACCGCAAUCUUUGCAUAACAUGACAUCACCGCUCUCCAUCAGGUACCAGUGUGCUGCAUACGGUUUAGAACCGCUAAUUGUUAAGUCUAAACACCAAAUUGAUGGUCUUAAAGAGGCACUCUAUCUCAUGGGAUUUGAACGUAAAACUGACCAUUAUGUCCCACUUACAUACAAGUUUGGGAAUUCACAUAAGUUCAGGGACCUGAUGAACAUAUUCACAUUCAUGACGGAAUCGUCGAUAACCGGGAUUAACAAGUAUAGUAGCACCCCAAAUGAAGAUGGAAUGGAACUUCCACAUAUAGUAGAACACAAUGCAGCAGGGUUGUCUCUUGCAACGGGUGAAAUUGAAGUCUUUGAUCUCGAGACAGCUAAUGUAGAGGCCAUUGUAUGCUCUACUAAUGUCACAGAAGAUAACGUAACCCCGAUCACCAUCGGCUGUGACGACAGGCUAGACAAGACCGCAUCACUUGCCUCAAACACUAACACUAACAUUGUUGUUAGGUGUUCUGAAAACUGCCUAGGAAAAAAUGAACUGCCGGUCUAUGGUAAGGAUGGCGUAUAUAGUGAGCGCAGCUCGAUAUGUAGAGCGGCGAUACACGCAGGUGUAAUUGGAAACAAAGGAACUUUCACUGUGGCAGUGGAGAGCGGGCUCCCUUUCUACAGUGGCAGCACCGAAAACGGUGUCCAGAGUUUCGCGUACAACAAAUCGUGGCAGGGAUCAAAGGAUUUACUAGAUUCACAAAUGACAGAUGGCGUUGAAGAAAUUGAACAUACAGGGCCACCAUCCAAGUUCAGUAUCAGAAUUUUACCGAGGAAAAAAGUUUGCCCGAUUGUACAGACACAUGGAUCCUUUCUCCAGGUCACCAGUAACAACUCGGAUAAGCCAAACGUUACAGAAAAGGAACCAUCCGCUAGUAAAAACUCGGACAAACAUACAACAAAAGCAGAUGCUAAGGACACACAGAGUUUAGAGAUUACUGACAUGGCUGACGUUGAUCCCACAACGAAACAUGAGGCUAUCAAGGUUCUUGCUGACAUGAAUGCCAUGUAUGGUUUGGAUCCAAAGACUGUGAUCAACACUAUCGAAAAUAUCGCAGCAUUAGUUAGCCGAGCCAAAAAGUAUAUCAAACCACUAGAGUCGAUAACACUCCACCAGGAGAAAAAUAUGACCACAUUAUUCGAUCGCGUGGAAGCAGCAUCGCAGAAGGCAACAUAUUUAAAUGAGAACCAGGAAUCGCUGAAAACAAAUUAUUUGAAACUUCUACAUGAUCAACAGGCAAAAGGGGUGGAGACCGAAACACCGAUUGUCAUGGAUUACACCACGAUGGCAUUUUCCAAAACAUUCAGAGUACAUGAAACAAGUAUGACAUCGGGUGGUCAAAGUUAUUGGGGAUACUCGGAUUCUCCCUUUGAUGGACAUUCAAGUUAUAUCGUACAAAGUAGUGAUAUAGAUAGCUCUCUGCCAGGUGAAGGGGCGUUUGCAAUAUUUAAAAAUCGCCGUUUCUUUGACUUUGACCUAAAUAUAGACCUUCUAGCAAAAAGUGAGGGCUCUAUAGGGAUAGCAUUUCGGGUUCAAGAUAAAUUUAAUCUAUAUUUGUUCGUAUUGAACUCCAGACACAGUAAUAAACAGUUACUCAAGGUGCAGGACGGUGUAACUCACGUCCUGGCGACCAAUCCGGAUGAGGGUUACAAGAAGAACAAAUGGAUCAAUGUUCAAAUUUCUGUAAAAGGAAACUCUUUCGAUAUCGUUUGCGAUGGAAAGAUCAUACUAAAAGUACUGGACACAGCGUUCGCACACGGUGGUGUCGGACUGUAUUCCUGCGGAAGCAGUGGCAACUUCUAUUAUGACAACAUUACAGUUAAACCCAAACCAACCGUCAAAGAGGCUCAUGAUACCCAGUUGGAUCGACUAAGGUCGAUCAAAUGUUCAACGUACAACGAAACAUUCGAAGGAGAUUUCAGUGAUGCAUACACUGUCAUCAAUCCCAGUCACACGCACACCACGUCAUGGAGGUUCAAGGAUAUCAUAGGAGGCAAACACAAGGCGAUACAUCAACACCAUGCUUCACAGGAUACACUGGGCGUAGGGUCAAUAGCCAUUCUUAAAAACGACAGAAUAUGCUCAACAGGAUACCUCAGAUUUAGGUUCCUACCCACGUGUGAAAACGGAACCAUAGGUGCUGUUAUCCGAUAUUCUGAUAUUAAUAAAAUGAUCCUGGUAGAAAUAAAUGGACAGGAGCUCAGGAUUAGGCGUAUUCAGAAAGGUGAAGCCAAAAUCCUUGCGAAUGUUGCUGCAUCCUAUGCCGUGUCCAAGUGGAACAUCAUGGAAGUGGAAAUAGGUACCACUACGGUGUCAGUCAAGGUUAAGAAGGGUGUUGAUCAUGGAUCGUUUUUCGCUGGGCUCUUCAGUGGUACCGAUUUUGAAUGUAAGGCGGAGUUAGGCGACGUAACUGGGUUAGGUCUCGGUUUGGGAAUCAAGUCUAGCGGGUGCGAUUCAUGUUACUACGAUGCGCUACAUGUAUCACCCGAACCAUUGGCCAACAAGUUCCCGACAACGAGCCUUAUACAGCAGUUUGCCAGUCUAAAUUUGUGGAAGCCCUGUGCCGAGAACGUGCACAUACUACACAGAGUGGCCCUGUGUAAAAAGAUGUAUCGUAACCAAGGGAAUGCAAAUAUCUGUGCAGAAAGCUUUUGUUCUCCAUGCUGCACGUACCAUACAAAGUUACUGGGAGAAGGACAUCGUGAAUCCUGCAUUAACACGUGCCAAAAGAACAACCACGUGGCACAGCUAUACCUCAAGAAGUUCCUCUCCUAUGUAAAUAGUUGUGUCUCGCUUAAGGGAGCUGCUUUCGACCAUUGUGAAGGGGAUCGACAAUGCCUCAGGGAGGCUUGCAUUCUCUGCUGCAGCAGCGGCCAUGAGGAAAAGGGACCACUAGACAAAGAGCUAGUGGCUCUGGAAACUAAAAGUUGUCUCAUGCAAUGCAAUAUCUUGAUGUAG